GCGGCCGCCGCGCUGCGCCUGGCUCUUGGCCAGCUGUCCCUGUUGGGGCUGGGGGCCGCGGAAGACGAGGAUGACGAGGGCGCGGGUGGUGGCGACGGCAGUGCAGGCGGCGCGGACGGCGGGGCCGCGCUGGAGCCCGUGCCCCCCGACGGGCCCGAGAUCGGUGCGCCCCUGCCUGUAGUGGCCCAGGUGGGGGCGCUCCCUGCGCCGCUGCAGCUGCUGGAGCCCGACGUGAGUCCCCCGCCACCGCCUGUGCCGCCCCUGCCGUCGCCGCCCGACGUGUUCGUGGGCUUCGCGCCGCACCCGUUACUAGCCGAGCAGAUGAGCGUGAUCGGCAGCCGCAAGAAGAGCGUGAACAUGACCGAAUGUGUUCCGGUGCCCAGCUCGGAACACGUCGCUGAGAUUGUGGGCCGUCAGGGCUGCAAGAUCAAGGCUCUGCGUGCCAAGACAAACACCUACAUCAAGACGCCGGUGCGUGGGGAGGAGCCCAUAUUUAUUGUCACUGGUCGUAAGGAGGACGUGGAGCUGGCCAAGCAUGAAAUCCUCUCAGCCGCUGAGCACUUCUCCAUGAUCCGCGCCACACGCAGCAAGGCCCCGGGGCUGCCCGGCGUGGCUCAGGGGCCCCCCAACCUGCCGGGCCAGACCACCAUCCAGGUGCGCGUGCCCUACCGCGUGGUGGGACUGGUGGUGGGCCCCAAGGGCGCCACCAUCAAGCGCAUCCAGCAGCGGACGCACACCUACAUCGUCACCCCUGGCCGUGACAAGGAGCCGGUGUUCGCCGUCACGGGCAUGCCAGAGAACGUGGACCGUGCUCGCGAGGAGAUCGAAGCCCACAUCACGCUGCGCACCGGCGCCUUUACCGACGCUGGCUCUGACAGCGACUUCCACACCAACGGCACGGACGUCUGCCUUGAUCUGCUGGGCGCCGCCGCUGCCAGCCUCUGGGCCAAGGCCCCCAACCCCGGGCGACGGCCCUCCGCAGCCACAGCCGGCCUGCGUGGGGACACGGCCUUGGGCACCUCCGGGGGCCCCGAGGCCUUCUAUUCGGGCAGCCGAGGGGGGCCCCCAGUGCCCGACACGGGCCCCUCUAGCCCCUAUGGCAGUUCGGGUAACAGCAGCUUCACCUUCGGAGGGGACGGCCCUGGGGCCCCCGCGGCAGGUCCCACUGCCCCGGAGGAUUGUGACUUUGGUUUCGACUUCCUGGCAUUGGACCUGACCGUGCCAGCUUCGGCCACCAUUUGGGCCCCCUUUGAGCGUGCUGCCCCCCUGCCAGCCUUCAGUACCUGCUCAGCCGUCAAUGGGGGGCCACCCGCCCCCAGCGCCCGCCGCCCCAGCGGGACGGGCACCCCACGACACUCACCCACGCUUCCCGAGCCGGGGGGCUUGGGCUUGGAGCUGCCUCUGGCUCGCCGAGCUGCCCCGGACCCAGUGGGCGCCCUGCCCUGGCUGCCCCCACAGGGCUCACUCACACCCUUCUCAAACAGCUGUGGCUUUUCGGCCACCACCUCCACGCUGCCCAGCGACACCUCGACCUCCAGCCAGGACUCAAGCGCCGCUCCCGAGAGCAGCCGCAAGCUGGUGGCCCCGGCGGUCUCGGCCACAGCGGCCACUGCAGGCACGUCUACGGCGCGCGAGUGCGUGGUGUGCGCCGAGGGCCAGGUGAUGGCCACGCUGGUGCCCUGUGGCCACAGCCUGUUCUGCAUGGACUGUGCUCUUCGCAUCUGUGGCAAGAGCGAGCCCCAGUGUCCAGCCUGCCAUACGCCAGCUACUCAAGCCAUUCAUAUCUUUUCCUAG